AUGCUCCAGCACAGUGCUACUAGGUGUCGAGAUUCCAUGAAGAUAGAGGUGGAGAAAAGCCACUUUUCGGACCAUGAGAUCCGGCACUUGGUAGAAGAGGAGCAGCUACAAAAGAAGAAAUACAACAUCCAGGAUGAGGCGACUGACUCUGGGCAAGCUAUUUUGCUGGCCCAAGACCUAGAGGAUGCCUGGGAACAAAAAUUCCAAAAUGCUGACAAAUGCAAUGAUCGGACAUCUUUGAACAGGAAGCUGGAUAGGAACCUGGUGCUCCUGGUCAAACAGCAGGUUGGCAGUCAAGAGCAGUGGCUCCUACCUCAAGCCGAAUGGCAGGCUGGGGAGACUUUGCGAAGCACUGCAGAGCGAGUCUUGGCUACUCUCUCAGGAAAUCACAUCCGGGCCAAAUUCCUAGGGAAUGCGCCAUGUGGGUUUUAUAAGUACAAGUUCCCGAAGGCGUGCAGGACAGAGGACAGCGUGGGGGCCAAAAUCUUCUUCUUCAAAGCCCUCCUCCAGAGUGAUGACAUGCUCCAGGCAGAGAGGAGAGGAGAGUAUGCGUGGGUCAGCAAGGGAGAACUGGGGGAUUACUUGAAACCGGACUACCUAAAACAAAUCACCAGUUUUCUGAUGGACCAGUAA